GUAAAGUUGAGGUGGAUGUGUUCGGGCUGUGCUGGAAAGACUCCUGGAUGAGCCUGAAGCCUCCAAAGUAUCUGUUCCUGAAGGCCAAAGAGAGGAAAACCAAAACCCCGGGAUUCACCACCAUAGAGCUGACUAACAGCAGGGAGUUCAAAGCGAAGGUCUUGGAGUCAGAGCCAGAACACGCUGCUGCUCCUGAGGACGAUGAAUGGAGGCUCUCCUGGAAGCAGGUGAAGAGUCCUGUCCAGUUGGAAUGCUCUGAGGAGAAACAAUUCCAAUGGGAGAUUUUGUUUGAAAGGAAACCGGUUUGCAAAGCUGAGAUAUUAGUUUACAUUCUUCCUGUCUGGGCUGGCACAUGGAAGUUCAUAAACUUUCCCUUCAGACAGGAGAAAAAAAAGUGGGAUUGUAUCUGGCCAAGUUACCAAGAAACCCUCAGUGACAAGAUUGACCAAGUACAACAACUAGAGGAACAGGAGGAGCCCAUAGACUGGGAGGAGUCAUGGAAAAUGUCAGAGGUAGAAAUUGAACCAAUAGACAUGACCGAAGAAGAGACCCCGACUACAAGCCCCAGCACUGAAACCACAUUGAUGACGAGGAUUCAUGACGUGUUCCUGCCUGACUGGAGCGGCUCCUGGCUGCUCGGUGCAGCUCCUGUGGGGGAAGAAGAAGAACAUCACAAGAACUGGAACUCCUGCUGGGGAUACAGUCAGCAGAUCAGGUGGUGCAGGGCUUCACUACAGUCCCAACAGCGACACAGCGCCAGGCUGACCAGGAGACGCACAGCCACUAACACCCUGCUCACAUCACAGCUGGACCAAGAGCUGACGGACAGCACAGAGUGGACACACGCCUGGAGGAGUCCUAAGAGAUGGAGAGAACCAGAAGAGGAAGAACUGGAGGAGACGCAGGAGGAGGGGGAAGAGGAGGAAGAGGAGGAGGCAGGAGAGGUGGAGGAGGAAGAGGAGAUCAUGGAUGAUACAGAGGAGGUAGAGGAGGAAGAGGAGGAGGAAGGAGUAGAUGAGGAUGAGGAGAAGGAAGAUGUGGAUGAAAAUCAGGUCAAAGAAGAAGACAAGAAGAAGGAACACAGAGAAAUCAACAAGGAGGAUGAAGAGGAUAAGGAGGAAGAUGAAGGAGUAGAUGAGGAGGAGGAAGAAAAAGAGGAUGAUGGAGAAUUCAACAACGAGGAGGACAAAGAGGAGGAGGAUAACGACAUGAACAAAACCCAAGAGGAAUACUUAUGUGAGGAAGAGGAGGAAGAGGAGGAAGAGGAGGACAAAGGUGAGGACAAGGACAAGGAAAGUGAAGAAGAAGAUGAAGAGGGGGAGCAUAAAGAAGAAAAGAAGGACAAGAGAACGAAUGAAAAAGAAGAGGAUGAUGAAGAUGUGGAUGAAGAGGACAAAGACAAAGAAGUACUAAAGGAAGAGGAUGAAGAGGAGCAGGACAAAGAGGAAAAGAAAGAAAUCAUGGGCAGGGAUAAUGAAGUGCCUAAGGAGGAGGAAGAGGAGGGAGAGGAGGAAGAGGAGGGAGAGGAGGAAGAGGAGGGAGAACAUCAGGACAGGGACAAACAAGUUGCUGAGGAAGAGGAGAAUGAGAACAUAAAGCAACAUGGUGAGGAUGAUGAAGAGGAGGACAAAGAAUCAGAUGAGGAGGAGAAAGAGGAAGAAGGAGACAUGAAGGACAAGGAAGACAACUUAGAGGAGGAGGAGGGGGAGGAGGAAGAGGAGGAGAAAUACAAGAUGGAUGAAGAAUGGGAGGAGGAUGAAGGAGAACAUCUGGAAAAAGGUGGAGACAAGAACAAAGAGGAGACAGAUGUAGAGGAGGAAGAGGAGGAGGGAAAGGAAGAGGAGGAUGAAAAGGAAGAGGAAGAGGAGGGUGAGGAGGAGGAGGAUACAGAAGAAAAAGACAAGAAAGAUGAAGAAAAGGAGGAUGAGGAGGAUGAAGCAGAACAUCUGGACCAAGCUGGAGACAAGAACAAAGAGGAGACAGAUUUAGAGGAGGAAGACGAGGAGGAAGAAGACUUGGAAGAGGAGGAUGAAGUGAAAAAGGAAGAAGCAGAGGAAGAGGAGGAUGAAAAAGAUGUGGAAGAGGAGGAAGAGGAGGAAGGGUUAGAAAAAGAGCAAAAAGAAAAAGAAGUUAGGAAAGAGGAGGAACAGGAGGACAAAGAAGAAGACGAGGAGGAGGAAAAUGAAGAAGGAGAUGAAGAGGAGGAUAGUGUAGAUAGAGGUGAGGAAAUUGAAGACGGAGAAAAGGAAGAAGAGGACAAAGAAGAUGAAGAGGACAAAGAAGAUGAAGAGGACAAAGAGGUGGAGGAUGAAGAGGACAAAGAGUUCCACAAACUCAACACCUCCUUCUCCUCCUGGAAGCACUCGUGGAUGGUGGCCUUCCCCCACCGAUCGGGAGAUGCAGAGGAGGAGGAGGAGGAGGAGGAAGAUGGGGAGAUGGAAGAGCUGCAGGCUUGGAAAGAGUCGUGGAUGAUUUGUCGCUGGAAGAAGCCGGAAGAGGACACGGUGGUGUGUUUCUCCACCCAGCACCGCACCCAGAGACACAGGGGACUGCAUGGAGGGGAGGGGGGGCCCAGCAGAGAGUGGGCUCUGAGCUGGAAGAUGGCCGACACUGCAGACCAGGAUGAGCCACCAGAUGGAGACACAGUGAAGCUCCUGCAGCUUUGUGGAGCGCUUCACAUGUUCUGUGACUCCUUAUGUGACAGUGAAGCUUUACAGCAUGAAACAUACCAGACUCUGGCUCCACAGGGAAAUGAGUAA